AUGAGUUGUAGCUGCUUUGGUACUUCAUCUUCGAUACCAAAGAGACGCGACAAGCAUGCUAAUGAAUCCAUACAAGCUGAAGAAGAGGUCUCAAUUGCAAAGACAAAAAAAUUCACCUACAAUUUACUGGUAGGAGCAACAAACAACUUUCAUCGAAGUAACAAGAUAGGAAGAGGAGGUUUCGGUACAGUUUACAAGGGGGUCCUAAAAAAUGGAAGAGAAGUUGCUGUGAAGGUGCUUUCAGCUGAAUCAAAACAAGGAGAACGGGAGUUUAUGACUGAGAUAGACACCAUAUAUAAUGUCAAGCAUCCAAACCUUGUUGAGUUGCUCGGUUGCUGUGUUUAUGGUCGUAACCGGAUUUUGGUAUAUGAAUAUUUAGAAAACAGUAGCAUCGAUCGUGCACUAUUGGGUUUUCGGAAGUCCAUAAAAUUGGAGUGGGAGAAAAGGUCUGCCAUUUGCAUGGGGACUGCAAGAGGGCUUGCAUAUCUUCAUGAAGAACUUGUGCCUCACAUUGUGCAUAGAGACAUCAAAGCUAGUAACAUACAUCUGGACGAGGACCUCCAACCAAAAAUCGGAGAUUUUGGAUUAGCUAAGCUUUUUCCUGAUAAUAUUACUCAUAUCAGCACAAAAAUAGCAGGAACAACCGGUUACCUGGCUCCAGAGUAUGUUUUAGGCGGUCAGUUAACUCUGAAGGCUGAUGUUUAUAGCUUUGGAGUUCUGACACUUGAAGUUGUAAGCGGUAGAAGUAGUGGAAAUACUAAUUAUGGAGGUGGCGGUAAAUUACUAAUGGAAUGGGCCUGGGAGCUUUAUGAAGAAGGGAAAUUGCUGGAUCUUGUCGAUCCCGAACUUGAGGAGUUCCCAAAGGAUGAGGUAGUCAGGUAUAUGAAAGUCGCCUUGUUCUGUGCUCGAGCUAAUGCAAGCAGGAGGCCAUUGAUGAGCCAGGUCACCGAGAUGCUUUCUAGAAAUGUAAGACUAAAUGAAGAUCAACUCACGCCUCCUGGUUUCUUCGAAGGUUCAAGCCGGAAAAGUGGUAUGGUGUCAAAGAAUAAGUCGAGUGACACCUCAACUAGUCACCAAAUGAGUUCUUUUCCCAUCACAACCACUGAGGUAGCCCCAAGAUAA